AUGUCGAUGUUCGUGACUCCGCCUAAGAAGACAAGAGGGCAGACAGAGUCGGUUGGGUCUGCGAGUGAGGAGACGAAGAGCGAGAGAGCAAGCGUGGGAAGUGAGACAGCGAGCAUAGCAGGUAAAGGGGAGUCUACGAGCGAGGCAGGCAGUGAGAUUGCAGUGUUUGAUUCGCCUUGUAGAAAUAGAAAAGAAGCGCAGCUUAGGGCGGAUCGUGAGAAAAAGAAAGAGGGAAAGGAUUCAAGGGGUAGGAAAACAAAUAAGGAAAAGAAAGAGGGUUCGGUGACUGCGGGGGAAUCGGGAUUUAUGAAGGAUUUUGUUUUGAGAGGAGAAAAAGAAAAAAAGGAAAUGGAAAGGGGGGAGCAGAAGGCAGAAGUAGAGAAAGAAGGUCAAAAUGAGGGUAAGGGGUUUGAGGAGAUACUAGGAAUGUUGAGAAAAAUGGGGGAAGAAUCGAAAAGAGGGUUAGAAAAUGUGAGAAAAGAGUUAAAAGAAAGUAGGAAAAAAGACGAGGAAAGAUGUAUGAGAAUGGAUAAGAGGAUGGAAGGGGUGUUGGCAGAGAUGGCAAAAAUAAGAGACAUGUGGAUAAGAUAUGAGGAAGAAUGGAGAGAGGAGAAGAAUAAUGUGUGGGAAAAGUUAGGUAGUUUGGAGAAGGAGGUUAAAGAAAUGGAGGAAGAAAGGAGGAAUGAGGUAAAAAAGAUAGAAGAUAGCAUAGAAGGAUUAGAGUGUCUAGAGAAAAGAGUAGAGAACAUAGAGAAAAUAGGAGAAGUGGGAAACAUAGAGGGGAUGGAGGAAUUGAAGACAGAGGUAAGGGAGCUUAAAAAGCAAAUGGAAUUUUUGGAAAAAGAAAAAAGAGGAGGAAUGUAG